AUGCUGCGCGUGAGCCGUGUUGGCUUCACCUUAGUAACGGCUGGUGCCAUCAAGCAAGCCGCCACAACGCUGAAUAGUCUCUUGGACAUAUCUGGCGGGAAGACCCCCGUGCCGCGCGAUGAGCUCAAGGCGUUCUUGAAGGGGUCCGUCAUGCCCAUAAUGGCCGGGACGGAGUUGGACCGCCGGGGGAACUCCAGCGAUCUUCGCUCCUCCCUCGGGCAGCUCACACGCGACGCAGCCUUCGCGGCGACCAUUGUCAAUGCGAAUCCAGACGCAAAUUUUGUCCGCAGCAUCACUGCCUGCAUCACGCACGACUACGAGCGCAUGCGUUUUGUGUCGAAAAUGACCUCUGCGCAGGCAAGCAAGACGAUCGAGUACUUGUGCAAGGUUGGCGUGAAGAACGCGGCCGUGUUUCCGGUGCUCAUCUCCCGGCUUGACUACUCGAAUCUACACGAACUGGCUCGCGUCAUGCUGGCGCUCGCGGAAUCGCAGCUGCAUGAGUUGAACAUGCUGGUGGUGGUGCCCCUCUACUGUGGCGAUAAGUGGGCGGUGGAGGUGCACAACGGUAGUAGUGGCAAUAGCAGCUCCUCCGAGACGGCUAGCGCCAGCCAACCGGCGCGCUCGAGCAACGUGUUUGAGGCAGUGCGAGUGCUUCGUGCGCUGUCCAAGUCGUGCAGAAAAUGUGUGGAGGACCGGCGCAGCGCCUCAUCGCACAGCUUAGCGGAGCUGCCUCGUGAUAGUCUGCACCUGCUGCGCAACAACCUCGUGAAGUUCAUUUUUGAGCAUGGCCGCCUUCUGCGCGGAUCUCAUUGGGUAAACGUGGCACGCGCGCUCAUCCUCUUUCCAGGUGAACUCAGCGAACUGCGGCAGCUGGCGGUGGUGUGCCCCCAAAUAGUAGAGGAAGUGCAAGUGGCAUGUUUCGGGGGAGCAAAGCUGGAAGACCCGCGGAGCUGUCCCGUCACCUGCGAGACUGUCGCAAGCGCGGCCAUUCGGCACGUCUUUGACUACGCUGAACACCGUCGUGAGAUCCCGAAGGAGUCCGCAGAAAAACAUCCCAGCGGAGAAUUUCCGUUUGAUCUCUCCUACCCCGACCUCGUCAAGUUGUUACCGAUGCUGGAGCAAAUAGCGAGUGGAAAAGCUGCCGCCGCGAAAGGCAGUGCCUCAGAGCAGGACGCCCGCGUGAUGACUGCACUGAAUGCCAUCUCUGUCAAUGCGCACCACCUUCUUCUGCGGGAUCUUGUGAAGGUGCUACAGACACUUCGACGGAUGCCGCCGUCGGAGGGCGCGACGGCAGCGGUGAACGUCAUCGCCGCACUGGUCGGAAGUCGUCUCUGUGAGUGCCCCCCUGCCGAGCUCGUGCAAAAGGUGUCCUUUCGCACCAUCGCCCAAUUCGCCGCGACGCUCUCUGCCUUGCGCGUCACGCGCUGCGACGACUUCGUCAGUUUUGUCUCGAGGGGUGCCACCUUCUUUCCUCGCUCGCUGACCGUGGAAACGACGGUGUCCUUCGCGAACGCUCUGGCGAAUGCGGCGAGCAAUCGGUCGGCCUCGUGCCACGCGGCGAUGAGAACGCUGCUGGGGCGCCUUGUCAACAACUACGAGGAGGAGCUGCAAGUCGCCCCUCUUGUCAGUGCGCACCCGCACGCCGUGACGAAGAUACUGCGAGCUUGUGUGUUGCUCGAUUACAUCCCCGAGACGCGUCUGCUGGAGCGGCUCCUUGGCUCGGCCGAGGUGCCCAUACAGUUUACGUCCGACGUGCACGACGCAGGCGGCGCGCUUGUCUUCGGUUUGACGCGCACCAUGACCCACUUCCUGAGGCAGGCUCGCAGUGAGUGCCCCCAACGUGUAGAGGAGUUGUGGGCGCAAAACGUUCUGCGUACCCUGCUCCCGCUAGCUGUCGAGUGCACAAAGCACGCAGCAACUCGCGUAAGUGCUACGCGGUGGGACGGGGUGGCCGCGUACACAGCCGUGUCGUGGCGCUCCACACUUGAGAUGCUCACGGCCUUUGUCGACCCGUCGCUGGCGCACAACACCGCCGAGGAGACGGCGCAGCGCCUGGUGGAGGCGUUUCCGCUGUGCGCUGAGUUGCUGACCGACGCGGCAUCUAUGACUCGUUCGCAGAUCGGGCUGUUGGCGAAGAGUGCAUCGAGUGCAACGGACCUGCGACACCGCUUGCAGCAGACGUCGUUCAAUUCAACCUGUCCCGUGCAUUUCCUCUCCAGCCUCCUCAUCUUUGAAUACCUUGUCUAUCAGGCUGGGUCGCAGUCGUCGUCGCCAAAAAGCACGGCUGUGUCGGAAGACUUGAAGGUACGGCUGACUUCGCUGAAAGAUGCUGCCUACGCAGCACUGCUCAACUCUCCUGUGCAAGAAGGCAUCUUAGUCACGCCAAUGGACGUGGUGCACAGCAUCUUUGACUGCCCUUUAUCGAAAACCGAUGCCGCGGCGUCGUCGUCUUCUACCUCUGACCCUACAGCGAUUUUAUUAAGCAAGCGGGAUGCGCUGGAGAUAACGACCAACCUGCCGUUUGCGCUGUCUCUGGUAAUGAACCCUGGCCCCGUGAACGAGUACUUCACGGAGCGCUGCAUGUCUCUCAUGGUCAGUGAGGAUGAUGCAUAG